UCGGAACGCCAAAACACAGUUCUUUGACCGAAUAUUAAAGUAAUUGUUUUCUGCUGUAUCAUAAUGAAGAGAACUGCUCGGAAAUCGGUGCAAUCUAAUAAACCAUUAGAGGAGGAAGUUUCAAAAUUAAAUCUUCUUGAAGAAACCAAUUCUCUAGAAAAGCGUGCAACAGCUGCUGCAAGAUCGGGUAGAAAUCAAUGUGCGAAAACAGAGAAAAGUACCGGAUCAGUGAAAGCUGAAGAAAAAGUAGCAGUGAAGGCUGAGAAAAAGGUAGUUGUGAAAACUGAAGAAAAUUUAGCCUUAAAGGCUGAAGAAAAAAUUGAUGUGAAAAGUGAAAAAAAGGUAGUUGUGAAAACUGAAGAAAAGGUAGGAGUGAAAGGUGAAGAAAAAGGAGCAGUAGGUGGUGUUAAUGCUCAGAUAAAAACAUCUAAAGUUUCUACCAAAGAUCUGAAAACAGAGCCAUCUAAACCUGGUUCCAUUCCGCAUUUUCAGAAGAAGAAACUUGUUUCUGUGCCUGUCACCGAAGCUUACAGUGAAAAUGAUUACACUCCAGUUGUAGAAAAAGUUGAACCUGCAGGCAUUUUAUAUGAUGAAAAAGGUGUUCACAUUGCCAGUGGUUUGGACUUAUGUGAUUGUGGCACUGCAAAUUGUUGUGGAUGUUGGUAUCCUUGCCCAAAAUGUGGAUCGAACAAAUGUGGUCUGCAUUGCCGAGUGCAUCGAAAAUUUAUGUAUGAAGAAGUCACCGUAGAAGGAUAUGGCUAUGUCUAUCGUAAUGAGCUGUAUAAAGAUUUAAGUGAAAUUUAUAAGACUGAAAAGAAAAUUCAGCACAUUUAAAAAUAAAGUUGAAAGUUGUUUGUCCAGAAAAUUUUUGUGCAAGUCGAGGAAUUAUUUUCAACACUAGGUGAGGUUCAAGAUUUUUCUCAGUUUCUCCUUCCAAUUAAUUAAACUUGUAUAAAACUUAUGGUAUCUAACACGUAUGUACUUAUGCAUCAACACUGAACUGUUUGAA